UUGAGCAGCUUUCUCUUUACACGCCACAACUGUUUUCUGCUUUCAUCUCCAACAUGUCUCAAACAGAAAACUCAACCAGCAAAACAGUUAAAUUCCUCUACAGUUACGGCGGCAAAAUCGUUCCCCGCCCUACCGACGGCGAACUCCGCUACGCCGGUGGAUCUACUCGCGUUCUCGCCGUCGAUCGUUCCAUUUCAUAUGCAGAACUUUUGGUAAAAUUCGUUGAAUCGUGUGGAUCUUCAAUGAUUUUGAAGUGCAAACUACCGACAGAGGAUCUGGACGUUUUAGUUUCAGUCAAAUCCGACGAAGAACUAGAUAUUGUGAUGAAGGCGUACGAAAGAGUUUCGCCGGAAUCGAAGAUCAGAGCCGUUUUAUUCCCGAUGAAAUCCGUGAAGAAAAUCUCGGCGCCGUCGUCUCCGGUUUCAUGCUUCGAUUUCCCCUCCAUUUCAAAGAGAAAUCCGCCCCCGCAGUGUCGAAUAUCCUCGGCGGCAUAUCCGGUAGUCGGAUAUCCUCGAGGCCUCUCUUCGGAUUUACACUCAAUAGUUGUUGGAACUAAAAGAGGAAAAACUCAAGUUUCCAUUUUUUUUCUUUAAUGAAAAUGAAUAUACAAACUAUUGAUUUA